AUGAGACGUUACACGCACUCUCUCAAGCGUGUAGAUGAUGUAUUACGGAGGCGUACCAUCGCAAAUAUGACGAUGACAAUCUCUUUAUUUUUCAUUUUAAUGAUGGUUGUUAUUGUUAACGCAGCCCCUGUUAAGUGGAGUCAACCAUUGGGCAACAAAGCCCCCAAAAGACCAAUGAUACCAGAAGAAAAUAUGGCCCCUGUAAUUAUGCCUUUUGGUUCAAAUGGGAGUGUAGCCCAACUCUGUCGAUCUGGUGUGCACUUGGAAUGGGCGGCUCGAGUCGGCAGCAGUGUGUUCGCCACUCCGCGUAUCGUUGACCUUAGUCACGACGGAAAUAAGGAAAUUCUUGUGCCAACGUACACACAAUACCUGGAAGCCCUUGAUGGAUUUAAUGGCGAGGAUGUAGCUGGUUUUCCAUUCGUACAUCCAAGCUUUAAAUCAUAUGCCAGUCCACUCCCGGUUGACAUGGACGGUGAUGGUAAGACGGAAUGGCUUGUUGCUAUGUAUACUGGUGAACUGAUGGUAUUCGGAGAUGAUGGGAAAGCACGUGGAGCAGUUCAAAUUCCAUCUUUACCUAUAAAGAAAAACUGGAUGAAGAAGAACCUUACCAGAGAUAGUGCUGUGAAUUUUAAGCUUAAAAAAAUGGAAAAAUCGGAAGAAUGGUUACGUGAAGUCAUACGGGCAAGAAGAAUGCUCGAUAUGACACACCAAUUUACUAGGAUGCGCAACAAUGGGACCUAUAAAAAGAAACGUAGUAAUCCCUACGAGACUGCAGGAACGGCGACAGAAAAAGGAGAUGAUAAUAUUGCUGAAGAAAACCAGAGGGAUAUUGCUGUAGAGGAGGAACCUGGUCGACAACUUGCAGGAAUGGGUGAAGGAGGUGGAGAUGAAGAAGAUGGUGCAUUUCCCGUUGCAAAUGACCAGAACGCUGGAGAAGGUAAUGAUCUUCUGGGUAACGAUGGUUUAGAUGAUGAUAAUCUUGACAUGGAUGAUCUUGAUGAUUUGGUUGGCCUAGAUGGUCCCCAGGACCCUGAUGACCUAGGAAAACAUCAGGGAAUUGGUACGGACGGUUGGCUUAGCCGAGAAGCAAGGGCUUCAAUGGACCUAUUGUAUCACCCAGAGUUAUACAAAAGCAGUGUAAACUAUGAAGGUGAAAAGGAUGCUUUUAACUUCCACAAUAUGCGAAGCCCAUCAUCUGCAGAGGUGGCAGAAGAUGAAGUGGCUGUUGACCCUCAUAUUAUGUCUACACCAGUUAUUGUGGACGUAGAUGGUAAUGGGGAUCUUGAUGUGGUGUUACAUGUCAGUUUUUUCUUUGAUCCCAGAGCAUAUGAAGGUGAAAAAGCUGAAUUACUCCCACCAGAUAUUGAUAUGGACGAUUACGUGGCAGAUGCUGUCAUGGUUGUGAAUUUGGUCACUGGUGAGGUAAAGUGGCUUCAGGUGUUACACCUCACAUCCAAGAAUGAUACAAACCCAGCCUACGCACUAUCAUCCCCGGCAAUCGCCAAUCCUAAUGAAGAUAAACAACAAGAGAUUUAUGUAACAACAACAGCUGGUGCUAUUUUUGGCCUUUCAGGACAAGGAAAAUUGCUGAAUGGAUGGCCAGUUUGGAUGGGUAGUACAAUAACAGCGGGGGUCUCUAUGGAAGAUGUUGAUGCUGAUGGGAUACUUGAUAUCUGUGCCGGUGAUGCAAGUGGAUAUGUUGCCUGUUACACGGCAAAAGGAGAAAAAAUCUGGGGAAGAACUUUCCUUGGAGCAGUAACAGAUCACAUUACAUUUGGUGAUAUAGAUGGUGAUGGAAACGUUGAUCUUGCAUUUGGUACAUCUUCAGGUCUUCUUUAUGCUGUGCGAGGUAGCAAUGGUGAAGUACUACCACACUUUCCAGCUGCAACAGAGGGUCCUAUUCUUGCACCUCCACUCCCGGUAAAUCUUAACAAGACAACUGUGGGGAUGAAUGAAAAUGAGAAGGGUCUUCACUUAGUUGUUCCUUCUCAUGAUGGCGUUCUGUACAUUGUAAGUGGCACUACAGGUUGUGUAGACGGUAUUGACAUAAAUGAAAAGUCUCCUGCAAUGGUGCUUGCUGAUGAUAUGACUGGGAAUGGUAAACUGGAUCUUAUUGUAAGUACACUUAGUGGAAGUAUCAUGGUUUUUGAGACACCGGCGAACUAUCAUCCCCUAAAGGCGUGGAUCAGCCGAGUGAAGGCCACAAACGGUUACACUGCUUCAGAAGGAUAUGUGGGCGUUUAUAUUCAUCCCAGCAGUCGUGCAGCACGUGAUGUUCGUGGUGAUACUUUUACACUUUUAGUCACCAUUCACGAUAAGCGACCUGGCACUGCAGUAAAGCGAAGGUAUGGCCUCACUAUCACCAUUGGUCCUCGUGUUUUGGUGCAUCAAAAAGUGUACAGUGCCCCUGGUACGUACGCCAUUACAAUGCGCACUCCUCCAGAAAGAAUGUAUGCCUCUGUUUAUGCUAUUAUGUUGCUGCCGAAUGGGCAAAGGUAUGAGGACAGUGUAGCGUUAAGUUUCAACAUGCACUUUCUUGAGAGCAUUAAGUUUACUUUUUUGAUCCCGUACGUGGUAGCGUGCCUUGCUAUUUCAUUCGUUAGUCGCCGGCAUGAGGUGGAACCACCAGCGUUCGAGCCACAGUAUUACUAG